GAAAAGUCUUCUCAGACGCAGUUCUAUGCUUGUGGGCAGCGGAAGUACGGCAGUCAGCUGCACAGCGGCGGGAACCGCAGCUUAGAGGUCCUGGAACCUCCCAGUUCUGGGUGCUUUCUGAAGACUCUUUCCCAUAUGCAGGGGUUACACUCCUCAGCCAGUUCUGCUCACCUAUGAAUCUGAGAGCCCUGGAUGGUGAAGACAGGAAAGUGUAGCAACUUAUUCAGAGAAGAGUAACAAGAAGAAUGAAUGCUUCUCUUGAAAAUGCUCCUCAGGGUCAGUUAACAUUCAAGGAUGUCACUGUGGACUUCUCACAGGAGGAAUGGGAAUGUCUUGACUGUGCUCAGAGGGCAUUGUACAUGGAUGUGAUGUUGGAGAAUUACAACAAUUUGUUUUAUGUGGGGAAUCAUUGCAUGUGUCAUAAGUAUGAAAACAUCUUGGAUCAAGGCAUACAGCAUAUUGUCCCCCAGCAUGUGAAUAUCCAAGUUAAGUCUGAUAAAUGUUAUGAGCUUGGCAACACCAUUCAUGAAUCCACCCAAAGUAUACCUUAUAAAACUAACCUCAGGGAUACCUCUGAUAAAUCAUUAAACCUAAGCAGACAUGAACCUGGAAACAACAGAGAACCUUGCAAAUGUAAAAACUGUGUAAACUGUUUAAGUUCAUGCUCUACCGUCAGUUUGACUCAAGAAAUCCACAGAGGAAAGAAGGAAUCCAAUGGUACAGAGCUUGAUAAACAAAAACUCAUGCUGAAACAAACCAAAUGGGGAAAGAAACUUUACAAAUGUAGUACAUGUGCCAAGUGCUUCGCCAAGAAAUGCUGGUUUAGAAAACAUCAGACAAUUCAUACUGGAGAGAAAAUUUACAAAUGUAGAGAAUGUGACAAACACUUUACCCAAAAACGCAAUCUUAUUAUUCAUCAGAGGUGUCAUGGAGGAAAGAAACCUUACAAAUGUAGUGAAUGUGAGAAAUGCUUCAUUCAAGUUGGCGAUCUUAGAAGACACCAGAGAAUUCAUACAGGAGAGAAACCUUACAAAUGUAGUGAAUGUGACAAAUGCUUUAGCUACAAAAGCAGCCUUAGAAGUCAUCAGAUAAUUCAUACAGGAGAAAAACCUUACAAAUGUAGUGAAUGUGACAAAUGCUUUACCCACAAAGGAAGUCUUAGUAUUCAUCAGAGAAUUCAUACUGGAGAGAAACCUUACAAAUGUCAUGAAUGUGACAAAUGCUUUACCCAAAAAGGCAGUCUUAUUACUCAUCAGAGAAUUCACACUGGAGAGAAACCUUACAAAUGUAGUGAAUGUGACAAAGGCUUUACCCUAAAAUGCAGUCUAAUCAUUCAUCAAAUAAUUCAUACAGGAAAGAAAGCUUACAAAUGUAGUGAAUGUGACAAAUGCUUUACUCUUAAAUGUGAUCUUAGUAUUCAUCAAAGAAUUCAUACAGGAGAGAAACUUUACAGAUGUAAUGAAUGUGACAAAUGCUUUACAAAGAAAUACCGUCUUAGAAGUCAUCAGACAAUUCAUACAGGAGAGAAACCUUACAAAUGUAGUGAAUGUGACAAAUCUUUUACCCUGAAAUGCCAUCUUAGAAUUCAUCAGCGAAUUCAUACAGGAGAGAAACCUUACAAAUGUAGUGAAUGUGACAAAUACUUUACUCAAAAAGGCGGUCUUAGUACUCAUCAGAAAAUUCAUGCAGGAGAAAAACCCUACAGAUGUAGUAAAUGUGACAAAUGUUAUACUCGCAAAAGUCAUCUUAGUGUUCAUCAGCGAAUUCACAUAGGAGAGAAACCUUACAAAUGCAGUGAAUGUGACAAAUGCUUUACAGACAAGUAUUGUCUGAAAACUCAUCAGAGAAUACAUUCAGGAAAUAAACCUUACAAAUGUAGUGAAUGUGAUAAAUCAUUUGCCCUGAAAGCCAGGCUCAAGAGUCAUCAGAUAAUUCAUACAGGAGAGAAACCAUACAAAUGUAGUAAAUGUGGCAAAUACUUUACCCAAAAAGGUAGUCUUAGUAUUCAUCAGAGAAUUCAUACAGGAGAGAAACCUUACAAAUGUAGUGAAUGUGACAAAUGCUUCACCCGCAAAAGCAGUCUUAAUGUUCACCAGAGAAUUCAUACAGGAGAGAAACCUUACAAAUGUUGUGAAUGUGACAAAUGCUUUUCACACAAAGGUGAUUUUAGAAAACAUCAGAGAAUUCAUAUAGGGAAAAAACCUAACUAAUGCUAAUGUAACAUAUGCUUUACCCAAGAAUUUGGUCUUAUUCAUCAAAGAAUUCAUACAGGAGAGAAGCCUUUCAAAUGUAGUGAAUGUAACAAUGCUUUACCCACAAAAGCAGUCUUAGAAUUCAUCAGAGAAUCCAUGUAAGAGAAAAAUCUUCAAAAUAUAGUCAGUGUGACAAAUUAUUUGGCUAGAAACAAUCUUAGCACUCAUCAGAGGAUCCACUCAGUAGAGAAACUUCACAAAUAAAUUUAAUAAGAAAAAUUCAUUCCCAAGGAGGAUCAUCUUGGAAUUCAUCAGAGACUACAUAUAGGAGAGAGACCUUACAAAUGUAGUAAUGUGCAAAUCUUUUACUGUUGGUUCAACACUUAGAAUAUAUCAAAGAAUGCAUAUGGGAGAAAAACCUUAUUAAUGUAAUGUAUGAGAAAAGGUCUUUACCCAAAUCUUAGAUCUGACAAUAUACCUGGACAUUUAUCAUUAGAAAAACAAUGUGCACUGGAUAAAAAUGUAUAAUGUGCUUUAUGCAAGCAGUAUUGUUUACAACACUUCAGAUUUCACACUAGAGAAUUAAAUAAAUGAGGAGGUCAUGAAAACUUUUAAAUAUUUCUCAAAUCUUAGAAACUACCCAGGGUUUAUGGUGAAAAAUUGACAAUGUGACAAUGAAAGAAAUUUUCAUUAAAAUUUUUAUUUGCUCACUUUCAAAUUAUGUCAUAAUAAAAACACAAUGAAGAAGCACAGAGUAUGGAAUUGUGUAAAGGUUCUUGGAGACUAAAAUGAUCUAUUUCAGAGAGAAGCUACAAAAUACAUGCCUCAAAGUAGCUAAGGAAACUGACAAAUUCAGUAUACUUAACUCCAAUAAAGAUGCUCAGACAAAUUAUACUUCUUAAAAGAGGAUUUGAGAAAGUGAGGCACUAAGGUAGGAUGCUCUUUAUCCUAUAUAGAUAUGUGGUUUGCUCACAAUGUCCAAUAUUCACAAUCUGUAUUAUAUAGUAGUUUUAAGUUUCAGGAUAGCAAUUGCCUUUGAGUCCCUUUGACUUUAUUUACCAACUCCUUCCCCUUAGCCCUAUAUGUAACUCCAAUAAAGCUAAUUGCUUCAACAAGUUGAA